CGCUUCUUCCAGUUGUCGCUGGUCGUACACACAGGAGUGGAAGCGUUUUCCUCCGCAGCCAUGGUGCUCAUCACUGAAGACUUGAUCCGAAGACGCGCCGAACACAACAACUGCGAGAUCUUCUCCUUGGAAGAAAUCUCCCUUCACCAGCAAGACGUGGAGAGGAUCGAGCACCUGGACAAAUGGUGCAGAGAGCUGAAAAUCCUCUACCUCCAGAACAACCUCAUCCCCAAAAUAGAAAAUGUCGGCCGACUGAAGAAACUGGAGUAUCUGAAUUUAGCCCUGAACAACAUUGAGAAGAUUGAAAAUCUAGAAGGCUGUGAAUCUCUACAGAAGCUCGACUUGACAGUGAACUUUGUGGGGGAGGUGUCCACUGUCCAGAGCCUUAAACACAACCUGCACCUGCGAGAACUCUACCUGGUCGGGAACCCCUGUGCACAGUAUGAAGGCUACAGGAAAUACGUGGUGGCUACACUCCCCCAGCUGAAGUGGCUGGACGGGAAGGAGAUAGAGCGCUCGGAGCGGAUCCAGGCCCUGCAGGAUUACCCUCAAGUGCAGCAGCAAAUUAAAGAAGAAGAGGAGGCUUAUCUGCUGAGGAGGGCCCGGGAGAGGCGCGAGGCGCAGAACAAAUCCUGCACACAGCAGAGCACCGGCAGAAAUCCUGGCUUCGAUGGUCGCUGGUACACUGACAUCAAUAACACCUUACCUGAAUCUACAGAAAACAAAGAAAACUGUGCUGACGUGAACCCAGGGGACGAAGAUGAAGACCAAGAGGACAAAGCGUUUUGGCAGCAGCCAUCACAGUACACCCCAGAAAGUAGACUAGAAGCUCACAGAUACAUGGAGGAAAAGCGUAAAUCUAAAGAGAGCAAGAGUGAAGACGGAAAGAAAGUGAAACCUCCGAGGACGAUGAUCACACAGGACGGACGCGCUCUGAACGUUAACGAACCCAAAUUGGAUUUCUCUUUGGUUGAUGAUGACGAGAACAAUCAGUUCAUCUUGGACCUCGGGAUCUACCGACACCUGGACACUUCUCUUGUUGAUGUCGAUGUUCAACCAAACUAUGUCAGGAUUCUGGUCAAAAGCAAGCCCUUUCAGCUCGUCCUUCCUGAAGAAGUGAAGCCCGACAGCAGCAGUGCCAAGAGGUCGCAAACCACGGGCCAUUUAGUGGUCACUAUGCCGAAGGCCUCUGAGCUCAUUCAGAAACAGAGGAAGAUCCCAUGUGCACUGAAAAGCCAAAACUCCGCUAAGGUGCAGAACAGCAGUUCAAAGAGAAUCGAGAAACUUGAAGUGGAUCCAAAGGCGCAUUCAUUUCCCGACGUGGCGAAUAUCGUCCAGGAGAAGAGAGACAGAGCCCUGGGACCACUAGUACUGAGCGACUGCAGACCCCAGGAUGUCAGCGAGGACGGGGGGGAGGAGUGCACAGAACAUUCUGAGGUCCCUCCUCUUAUAUAAGGAGUAUAACUUUGUAACUGCCCUUUCUGUAUUGUAUAUUGUACCUCCCAUACAUGCAUUGUUCCACCAGUCAUUCAUACUUCUUCUCCCACUGUCUCCUGCAAUAUGUCUCAUGACAAACUGUGACAACUGAAAUGGAAUGGACGUUUGAUCUCUACCAAAGAACCAGUGUUGGACUACAUUUCCCAGCAUCCUCUGUCAGGCCUUUCCAUCCUUCUUUCAUUACAUCUUGCAACGCUGUCAAUGUAACCAUAA